CCCUGCUGGUGCCCUGCCAUCCCCCAGCAGCCGCCGCGAUGGCAGGAGGACGGGAGAGAGUCGCUCACUUGCUAAGGCAGCUGCAGCGCGCAGCAUGCCAGUGUCCCGCUCAUUCCCACACUUACUCUCAAGCUCCUGAACAUGCUGCUUUGAGGAGAACAGACUAUGCUUUUGAGAUGGCUGUGUCAAAUAUCAGAUAUGGAGAAGGUGUUACUAAAGAAGUAGGCAUGGACCUGCAGAAUCUGGGUGCUAGAAAAGUUUGUGUGAUGACAGAUAAGAACCUCUGCCAGCUCCCUCCAGUAAAAGCAGUAUUGAAUUCCUUGACAAAAAAUAGAAUCACUUUUCAAAUGUAUGAUGAUGUCCGAGUGGAGCCAACGGAUCAGAGUUUCAUAGAUGCCAUCACAUUUGCUAAAAAGGGGGAGUUUGAUGCCUAUGUUGCUGUGGGCGGUGGUUCUGUAAUAGACACUUGUAAAGCUGCCAACCUGUAUUCAUCCAGUCCUGAAUCGGAUUUCUUAGAUUACGUCAAUGCUCCCAUUGGAAAAGGAAAGUCUGUUACUGUGCCUCUCAAGCCAUUCAUUGCAGUUCCCACAACAGCUGGAACUGGAAGUGAAACCACUGGCAUUGCCAUUUUUGAUUACAAAGAACUAAAAGUAAAAACUGGCAUUGCUUCUAGAGCCAUUAAGCCCACAUUGGGUAUGAUUGAUCCUUUGCAUACAAUCCAUAUGCCAGAGCGAGUAGUGGCCAACAGUGGCUUUGAUGUGCUUUGCCACGCACUGGAAGCGUACACUGCUCUUCCUUACAAGAUGCGCAGCCCCUGCCCUUCAAAUCCAAUCAACCGGCCUGCUUACCAAGGCAGCAACCCUAUCAGUGAUGUCUGGGCUGUCCACGCACUACGCAUUGUGGCAAAGUAUUUGAAAAGAGCUGUCAGAAUGCCAGAUGAUCAUGAAGCAAGGGCUAACAUGCACCUAGCAAGUGCUUUUGCUGGUAUCGGCUUUGGAAAUGCUGGUGUUCAUCUUUGCCAUGGAAUGUCUUACCCUAUUUCUGGCUUGGUGAAGAGUUACAGAGCAAAGGAUUAUAAUGUCGAUCAUCCUCUGGUGCCACAUGGUCUUUCUGUGGUACUCACCUCCCCCGCAGUAUUUACUUUCACAGCAGAGAUGUGCCCCGAACGGCACUUGGAGGCUGCAGAGAUACUAGGAGCUGACAUCCGCACUGCCAAAAUCAAAGAUGCUGGGCUUAUUUUGGCAGACACGCUCCGGAAAUUCUUAUUUGAUCUGAAUGUUGAUGAUGGCUUAGCUGCAAUUGGUUAUUCUAAAGCAGAUAUCCCUGCUUUAGUCAAAGGCACUCUCCCUCAGGAAAGAGUGACUAAACUAUCACCUCGUCCCCAGACCGAAGAAGAGCUAUCUGCCCUGUUUGAGGCAUCCAUGAAACUUUAUUAGUUUAAAUAUAUUGCACGUUCUUUAAUAAUAAAAACUAACAUGGUCUAAAUCAGUUCAGAUAAUGAAGGAAAAUGGAACUCUGAUGCUUGUAUUUUACUAUCCGCUGCCAAAAGGUCAGGUAAUUAAUGUUCAGUUCAAUACUAUUUUUGUGAUUUAGGGGCUGAUUGUGUAAUCAAAGGGAGUACUCAUGUAAAGGUUGUUGGCUCAGAUCUUAAGCUUUGCAAAGGACUUUCUCUUGCUUGAGAGCUGGACAAAAAAUGGAGAUAAUUUGUCAUGGACAUAUUUUUAAAAUGUUCAGGGGGUGAAUUUUAUCAUAUAUUUCAAUUUUCUAUGACUAUUUUUGUCUUUAAAAAACCAAAACUAUAAACUGUGUAGGAAAAACAGGCCACUCUUCUUCAGGCAAUAUUCUCAAACACAAAAUUUGAAUCUGCUCAAUUCAGAAGGUUCACCUUAUGAUUUUUCUACCAUCUCAUUCAAUUUGGGGCCUGAUAUAUAAAGAUGGUUAACAUCAUGGGUAAAAAAAAUAUAACUUUUUAACAAGUGGGAAAAGGUGUCACAACUUUUGUUCCACAGUAUUUAUUUUUAAAGUAGCUUGCCAGACAUUUUUGUCUUUUCAUUCAGAAUUUAUGCAUGGGAAUAAGUUUGCUUGUUCCGACAGGUUAGCUAACCGAUUACCUGUCAACUGAGAAAGCAAACUAGCAGAAGAGGGAUAAAAUUCAAAUGUAAGUAUUAAAAUCUUUUAAAACUUUCCUGGAUUUUUCACCCUCUGAGCCUCGUUAGGGUAGUGAGUUUUGUUGCCUACAUAGCAUAGCAUUUGCUGCCUCACACAACAGACUUAUACAGAGAAUACUGGAAAACAGGAAGAUUAUUUUGAAGAGAUUUUUAAAGUUAUUUCUGUUUUGUGGAGUUUUAAAUUGAAUCCAUUUACUGGUUUUCACAAAAACUCUGACUUUUAGUAUUGCUAUUUUUAUCAAUAUUUUAUCAGACUUUUACCAAAAUUUUAUUUUUACUUUUUUUUUAUGAAAAUAGCAAUUAAAAAUGUUGCAGAAAGUUUUUUCACACAAAAUAGAAAAUUUUGAUAAUGUUGGCAAAUUUGGCAGAAAGUUUUCCAAAAAAGAUCAGUUUUAAAAAAUUUCUUAAGCAAAAAAUAUCAGUCAUUAUAUUUUUUCUCUGUACUAGACAACUAGACAGGGCUUUAAUGUCAUGUCAUAGUCACAGUUUGCUUCAGCAAAUUCUGGAAGUUGGCACAUGUUUCUAUCACAGGACAGAAGAGAGAAAAGGGUUUUUUUAAUUGAAAAUUAUUUCUAUUAGGCACAGAUUUCAUUGGCAUUGUACUGCAACACCGGCAGCAGUAUAUACAAUACUCAUACUGUAUUCAUUUUAAAAACAAAUCCUGAUGUUUUUUAAAUUCUGUUCAGACACCAAUUUCAUGCAGUUACCAUAGCACAAGCUCGGUGUAGGAAAAGCAUAACAUGCUAGUUAGUUCCUUUACUCAGUUACUUUUACUCUUUGCCUCAUUAUAAUUCUGUUCUGCAGCCACCCCACAUGCAACUCUUCCACUGAAGUAGAGGAAGGAUGUCUUGUACAUUUAUGACUAUUAAUCUUGGCUCAAUAAGACUGGUGCCUUCCAACCACAUGUUAGGACCUUAUGAUGCAAAUAUAUUGGAUGUGGGGUUUUUAGGUCCCUUUAGUGCUUGUUACAAGGUUGGAUGGAUAGCGAUGGAGACAGACGGUCCUCUGUCUAUCCACUGAAUGGGUAAAGCAUGGACAGUGGUUAUACAGACAGCUCUGCCAAUAUCCCUCAGCCUAUUCUGAGAAGCUAAUUCAUUUUCCCUGUCACUCCAUAUCCAUUACCUCCUUGCUCAUUCUAGUGAAAAUGCCAGCAAGAGCCUCAAUUGUGAAAGCUGGUUUCACAAUGUGUGGAUUUUAUUUUCUAUAUUACGUUGUUAUCUCAACAAAGGUUCGCCUUGCACUUAACUUUUUUGUUGCAUCUUUUAUACAUAAUUUCUGUUCUCCCUCUCUGUGAAGUUUCAUCUUUGUGCUAUAGAAAUGGUACAGUGCACUGAGGAGACAAUAUUUGUGGGAUUCUAUCUUCUAGCCAGACAUUUUGGAAUUGGAGGGGAUGUAGCUUCUUCCAAUUGAACAGCGGAGGAGUUUGUUAGGUAUGUUAUUUCUCCUGGGUGUUUUGAUGGGUAAGAAGGAAAGUGGGUCUUUCAUUAUAUCAUGGUUCUUAUUUACCAUUUAUAUUGAUAUGCGAGUAAUUAGUAGAAUGGUUUCACUGCUAAUAGUAUUUUACACUUACAUAUAACCCCUUUAAUUGAAGGAACUCAAAGCAAUUUACUAACAUUCGUGAAUUAAGCCUCACAACACCCUGUGAGGUAAGCUAAUAUUAUUACCCCUAUUGUAUAGAUGAGGAGACUGAGGAACAGAGCAAUUAAGUGACUUGUCUAAGGUCACACAGGAAGCUUGUGACAGAGUCAGAAAUAGAACCCAAGUCUCCUGACACCUAUUACGCAUUAUCCAUAAGACCAUCCUUCUACUACUAAUUAUUAGCCAGUGCUGAAAACUAUGUGAGAAGAAUCAAGAGAGAUGAAUCCAUCUGUAGCAGGGUGGUUACCCUGCUCCUGCCCAAAAGGGCUUAAACCAGCCCUGGGAGGGAGCUGUGGCUGGAGAAAGCAGCUCUAAAAGGCUGGGCUGAUUGGGGGAAGUGGCUGGAGCU